UUCAGCUGUCAGCGGCAGAUGGCACUUGCGGCGGCAUUGUCUGGAUUCCGGUGUCAGCGGAAUUUACUCCUUCUCUCCAGGAAUCUAGCAGGAACUGUAACUCGAGGGUUGACAAGGAUGGUGGACGCGAAGCUUGAUGCUGUGGAAACUGUGCGAAUCGACGAGGGCAGAUUCAAGUAUAUCCUCAUCAAGGUGUAUGGCAAGGAGCAAGCGGAUGGAACUGAGCCUAGCAAGCUGAUCGUUAGAGGAUUCCAGAGAUCUCCCUAUCACUCUGAUAUCUACGAUGAAGUGAGCGGAUCACUUCAACCGCUGGGAUUAGAUUCCGAAUGCUUGGGCGGUGGCAAGAUAGAGCAUCGGCCGGAUCUGAAGCACAUCAGAAUCUUCAGCUACUCUCAGGGAUUUGGCAAAGCGGAUCACCACGAGGCGAAGAAGUUACUCCUCACCAAAUAUCCCAAUUACAAGAUUGAGGUGUCUGAAAGUGAUGAAUACUAAGUGGUGCACAUGUUCUCCGGUAUUUCUACUUUAUCGAACGCUCUAAUGAACAGCACGUGUGAGAGAGAUCUCAUUCAAUUGUA